UCUCUCCCGCCAUUGACACACCCUCCCUCUCCGACCUCCCGCCAUUUUCUUCUUCUGCCCCGAACUCUUAUACAAAAUAAAGAAUAAAAAUGCCGGGGUGCUUCAGCAUAAUAGCGUCACGCGACCGCUGCUUCCGCUACUCCUUCUUCUCCUCCGGCCUAAAGUCCACCACCACCGAUUUGGGCGAUGGCACCGUCAUGCACUGCUGGGCUCCCAAAAACCACUCCCCAUCCAAACCCACCCUCCUCCUCAUCCACGGCAUCGGCGCCAACGCAAUGUGGCAGUGGCACGACUUCGUCUCCCCUCUCGUCUCCCGCUUCAACCUCUACAUCCCCGACCUCGUCUUCUUCGGCGACUCCUACUCCUCCCGCCCUGAACGUUCUGAGAUUUUCCAGGCACGCUGCGUCAUGGCCCUCAUGGACGCCCACGGAGUCAAGAAAAUGAUGGUCACCGGCAUCAGCUACGGCGGCUUCGUGGCCUACCGCAUGGCGGCGCAGUUUGGGGAAAGAAUAGACAGGCUGGUGCUGUGCUGCGCCGGUGUGUGCACGGAGGAAAAGGAUAUGGAGAAUGGGAUGUUUCAGGUGAAGAGCGUGGAGGAGGCCAUGAAUGUUUUGUUGCCCCAGAAGACUCAGCAUGUUAGGGACUUGAUGAAGAUCUCUUUUUACAAGCCUGUUAAGAAUGUCCCCUCUUGUUUUCUCAAUGAUUUCAUUGAGGUGAUGUGUUCAGAACAUCUUCAAGAGAGGAAAGAAUUGAUUCAAGCACUACACAAGGACAGGAAGUUGUCUGAUCUUCCGAAGAUAAACCAUCCUACACUAAUCAUCUGGGGAGAGCAUGACCUGGUAUUCCCACUGGAAUUGGCGCACCGAUUAAAAAGGCAAAUAGGUGAGAGUGCAGACCUAGUGAUCAUAAAGAACGCAGGGCAUGCUAUAAAUGCAGAGAAACCGAAAGAGAUGUGCAAGCACAUGAAGUCUUUCCUCAUCGACCCUCUCCCUACAGUUAAACAUAAAAACCACAGCAACGGCCGCAAGGUGGAUUGAAAUGCCAAGAAAAGGUGUCGACUAAUCAAGAUGAUCAUUUUCUGAUUUUCAUUCAAACCUACACUAUUGGAUAUGAGGUUCCGUAUGGUGGAUUGUCUGUGCGAGUUGAAUUUUAUGCUAGUAAUUAUUUUCUAUAUUCAGAAGACAGAAAAUUGCUUCGUUUUCCAUUAAAACAUGAUUUAUGCAGAUCUUUCUUCUAAUGCCUGUAUUGUUAGUGAGUAAAUUGAUGAACUGAUUAGUGAAGAUUAUAAGUUUA